AGAAGUUUGAAAAAUUUACAAUGUUUAACUAUAUGAGAUUUAUUAAUGAGGAUAGCUCAGAGAAAUAUCUUGACCAAAAUGAUAAUUAAUCAGCUUCAAAUUUUUUAGCCUUCCAUUCCUAUUAUAAUGAAGUAAAAGGUCCAUAUUUAUAAUAAUUAGGAUCAGAACUUAUUAAAUUAAGAGAAAGAAGAACAUCUUUAACAUAUAUUUUAAACUGAUAACUCAAAUAAUCAAUUAAGGACCUCUUCUUCUUAACUUGAUUAGCAUAAAUAAGAUCAAGGUUAGUAAAAUGGAGAGACUGAAACUAAACUUAAUAAUAUUAAAAGAAAACCGUAUUUGAAAACAUAAAAAAAAAUUUCUAAAAAUGAACCAAUUGUUAAAAAAGGUGGGAACAAAAAAUCAGAAUAAAAAAUUGAAACCAAAAAUUUACCCAAAUUCUUUAUAAAUUCCUUCUUGAAUAGAUUGGAGAUAAAAUACUAAGAAAAUCCAUCACAAAAUAUCAAAAUUAAGAAAAAAAUCAAUAAAUUCGAAAAAAAGCCAUCUUCUUUGAUAACAUUAUAAGAGAUGCUUAAAGAUCCAAUCAUUAAUGAUGUUGCUUAAUAGUAUAUUUGUAGUUUUGAUUUUCUUCAUCAAAUAUUUAAAUCAGAGAGAUUAUAAGAUGUAUUACCUCCCAUAAAAUAUAUAAAUAAACUUUAUAAAGGAUGUUUUAAUCCAAGUAUCUUGAAUUAAUGGAAAGAAUAUUGA